AUGCAGUCGGUCUCAGUCCAAUUCAGCCCCGUCAAGGAUGGCCGCCGUAUCCUCGGUGAAAAGGACUCCAACGCGUGUCUGUCCCCCGCCCACCACGCCAAACAGGCCCUCUCGGUUACCAGCACCCCCGUCAAACGGACCCUUUUCACGACUGUCUCGCCUAAGAAACUUCUCCCGUCUCCAAUCUUUGCAGGCCAAAAGCGAACGAGAGACCAAGUGGACGACAUUGAUGUAAACGACGCACCGGUGCAGGCCCCACGCGAAGCUCCCGUGGAGAGCCCACCAUCCACCCUGAAACAUGAGACCCAACAGUUGAGUCCAGAGUCGGACGCGAUGGAAAUCGCCAUCCCAGCCCUAUCAUCACAACCGGAACGCGACCAACCCCACGAGAUGGAUACCGCCACCAGAUCCCGCAGCGCGUCGCAAGCCUCAGACACAGAACCGAGAUCAAUUCCCGACGAUCCUGACGCGCGAAAAGUGUUUAUUCAAGAAAAAGCAGCUCUUCUCCGAAACAAACUUCAAACCGCUAUGCGCAAUGUAGCUGACCAUCAGAUCGACCGACGUGUCUCGGAACUGGAAGCACACAGUCGCAAAGUCCCUCGACUCUCAUUUUCCGCCCUCUCCUCUUCAUCUCCCGCCACGUCCUUCCGCCACACCAUCUUCACACCUUCUCAGCUCAAGACGCCGCAAAUUGGCUCGGUGGAAAACAUGAGCUCAACCCCUUCCCAACAAACACCGGAUCUACCCCGACAGCCAUCUUCGAUCAUUCAGAGCACGAAUUACGCGAAGCGUUGCCAACGUACGCCACCCCGUGGCUUGGGAUCACCAAUGCAACUAAGCAGUCCGCCGGCCACGGUGGUCCGGUAUAGUCGGAGUCGGGAUAUUGCCGAGGGGGUAGAUUCGGAGGAAGCGCCUACAUCGCACGAUGCUCUCUCACCGUCGCAGCGAGGUGACGCGGUCGAUGGAUUACUCAAGCUCAUGAGCACGUCGGAUAGGCAUGAGAACCCUGAUGUAUGGAGUGGGUAG